UGAGUAUGAGAAAGGAGCAAGUGAGUUUGUGUCUUCUUCAUCAAGCCGUUUAGGUGUUCCAACAGAAAUGUUAUGUCCGUGUGUUGAUUGCCGCAAUGUAUGCCAUCAGUCUACUGAGAAAGUUUUCGAGCAUCUGGUGAUUAGAGGGAUGGAUCCGAAGUACAAGAGUUGUAAAUUCUGGUCCAAACACGGAGAUAGAAAGCCUGAUAAGCCAUCUGAUAUCAACUCCUCUGCAAGUGAGCCGUACGAGUUGUUAAGAACAGCUUUCAUGCCAACUGAAGACCAUCACUCAGCUCAGGAGGAGAGUGCAGAAGCGUCUGCGGGAACUGACAGACCAGAAGAAGCUGAGUUCAGAAAAAAACUGGAGGAUGCAGAAACCCCGUUGUACUCUCAGUGUUCAAAAUACAUGAAGGUUGCUGCGAUCAUGGGACUCUACAGGAUAAAGGUCAAAAGUGGGAUGUCUGAAAGCUAUUUUGAUCAGUUAUUGGCGUUAAUUCAUGAUAUGCUUCCUGGAGAAAAUGUGCUACCUAAGUCUACAGAUGAGAUGAAGAAGUUUCUGAAACAGUUUGGGUUUGGUUAUGAUGGCAUCCACGCCUGCAAGAACGACUGUAUCUUGUUUAGGAACCAGUAUGAGGAUGCGGUCAGCUGUCCAAGAUGCAGUGACUCAAGAUGGGAGAAGGAUAAGCAUACUGGUGAAGAGAAGAAAGGGAUUCCGGUUAAAGUGCUUAGGUAUUUUCCGAUAAAAGAUAGGUUCAGAAGAAUGUUUAGAUCAAAGCGUCUGGCGGAGGAGUUGUGUUGGCAUUCGACAAAUGCAUCUGACGAUGGAACUAUGCAACAUCCAGUUGAUUCAGUGACUUGGGGACAGAUAAACAACAAAUGGCCAGAGUUCGCUGCUGAAGCAAGAAACCUAAGACUAGGUAUUUCUACUGAUGGCAUGAAUCCAUUCUCCAUGCAGAACACCAAUUAUACCACAUGGCAUGUCCUCUUAGCCAACUACAACAUGGCUCCAACGUAGUGCAUGAAAUCAGAGAACAUCAUGUUGACAAUGUUGAUACCUGGUCCAACCGCACCUAGCAACAACAUAGACGUCUAUCUACAACCACUGAUAGAGGACUUGAAGAGUUUGUGGGCUGAAGGUAUGGAAGUGUAUGAUUCGUUUAAGAAGGAGAGUUUCACUCUUAGAGCUAUGUUGUUGUGGAGUAUCACCGACUAUCCUGGGUUAGGCACAUUAGCUGGCUGUAAUGUUAAGGGGAAGCAAGCCUGUAAUGUCUGUGGCAAGGAUACACCGCAUAUGUGGCUAAAGUUUAGUCGCAAACACGUUUACAUGGGGAACAGGAAGCGGCUCAUGCCUAAUCAUCCAUAUAGAAGACGGAAAGGAUGGUUUGACAACACGGUGGAGAUUGGUACUGCAAAUAGGAUUCGGAGUGGUGUAGAAAUUGCUGACAUUCUGAGGGAUUUUAAAAACGACUUUGGGAAAAAGUUAAGUAAGAAGAGUAAGCAAAAAAGGACAACGGGAGAUGAGGAUGAUGUUGCUUCAGUUGAGGAGUAUGAAGAAGAUGAUGAUCUGUGGCGGUUGAAGAAAAAGUCAAUUUUCUUUGAGUUACCUUACUGGAAGGAUAUGCCAGUAAGGCAUAACAUAGAUGUUAUGCACGUGGAGAAGAAUGUGUCUGAUGCACUGCUGUCUAUUCUGAUGCAUAGUGCAAAAUCAAAGGAUGGCCUGAAAGCAAGAAAAGAUUUAGAAGACAUGGGUAUUAGAAGCAACUUGCAUACAGAAGUGAGGGGGAAGAAAACUUACUUGCCUCCUGCUGCUUACUGGCUAUAUAAGGAAGAAAAAAAGAAAUUCUGCAGACGGUUAUCAAACUUCAAAGGGCCUAAUGGUUAUAGUGCCAAUAUCUCCAACUGUGUCUCACUGGAUCCUCCUGGUAUUGGCGGCAUGAAGUCACAUGACCAUCAUGUACUAAUGCAGAAUAUGUUACCGGUAGCAUUGAGAGUUCUACUACCAAGAGGGCCACAGAUUGCAGUGACUCGGAUAUGCAAUUACUUCAACAGACUCUGUCAACGCAUUAUUGAGCCAGAGAAGCUACUUAAGUUAGAAGCAGAGAUUGUGGAGACAAUGUGUCAGCUAGAGAGAUUCUUUCCUCCAUCUCUGUUUGAUAUAAUGUUUCAUCUUCCACUGCAUCUAGCAAGAGAAGCACGCUUGGGUGGCCCUGUACACUUCAGAUGGAUGUAUCCCUUCGAGAGGUAG